GUUACUUUCUGAUAACUGUAUUUGUGGGUGUGCGUGUUUCGUCCUGGAAGACUUGUUUACGCGUAGAACUCAUAGAUCCUGGCGCAAGGAUAAUCACUACUUGUUUUUAUAAUAUUGCCGACGGCUAAACGAAUGAGGAUUAAAAGAAAAAGAAAAACCAUUCGAAGCAGUUAAAAAAUAAACCCCUGGAACUAUUCCGGAUUUUUGUUAUUGUUUAACCAGAGUUUCAAGAGUUUAAAAUGGGGCAGAUACCACAAAACCUGGCCUAAAGUAGUUCGAAAAUUACAUUAAAAUCAAAAAAAGCUGACGACUGCAAAUCCACUACGAUGCAGAGCUCAAAAUCUUUUCUAAUACGCGAUCUCCUUGGCGAUUUAAUCAAUCGACGACAAACAGAUUCUGAACUCGAGCUAUCCAAUGACGACUCGGAUAUAGAUAUCGAGGAUCGGUCCACGCCGGACUCGACGGCACCGGGCUGCCAGCAGGAUCUUCUGCUGUCCCAUCACCACCGCAGAUUCACCCACCACGACGACUCCAGUGUGGAGUCCUGCCUCUCGGCCCAGGAUCGGGGCUCAGGGGGAUCGGGGGGAGGCGGUGGUGGAGCUGGAGGAGUUCCCACUGGACUGAGUGCAGCGGCGGCGGCGGCGGGCGUGGCCGCUGGUCUCUUGGCAGCGGCGGCCAGUAGUGCCAGCGGCGAUCCCAAUGGAGGUGGGAGUGGGUCGGGAGCGGGCGGCGGACCAAGUGGCGGCUAUGCGGAGCACAAGCUGCAGCUGAGCAAGAGCGGCCGGAAGCCGCGACGCCGCCGCACCGCCUUCACCCACGCCCAGUUAGCCUACUUGGAGCGCAAGUUCCGGUGCCAAAAGUACCUGAGCGUCGCCGAUCGCAGCGAUGUGGCCGAAACGCUCAAUCUGUCCGAGACGCAGGUGAAGACCUGGUACCAGAACCGUAGGACCAAGUGGAAGCGACAGAAUCAACUGCGCCUGGAGCAGCUGCGUCAUCAGGCGACCAUGGAAAAGGACUUUGUGGUGCAGGAUGGCGGCGGUGCGGGCGGCCUGGGCUGUUGUCCCAGCGGAUUGAGCAGUUCUUUCAGCGCCGCUGCUGCCGCUGCAGCGGCUGCCAGCAAUCCAUGCAAUUUUCUCACUUCCGCCGCAGCGGCGGCCAUUUUCCGGAACGUCGGCUACGUCCACGGCUGUCCAAUGUAGGAGUCACGUCCCAUGCCCACCCAAAUAAAUAAAACAAAUACGCCACCUUCCAGUCCCCAGCUCCUCCCAGUUGCCUAUGUACAUAAUACGUAUAAAGAAAACAGUUUUUGUGCAAUAACCGAUCGGGAUGAAUUAUCGAAAUAGCAGCCAUAUGCUCAUGCUUACCGAACGUACCCGAUAUUAUAAUUAUAUGUACGUACUUAACGAUAUAAUCAUAAACUAAGCAUAGUCGAAUUAACUGUAAUAUACAUACCAC